AUGACGCUUUUGCGAUUCGGCACCCUUCUGGUGCUCGCGACUAUAUUACCUCUCGAACAAGGAUUUUAUGUGCCUGGAGUAGCUCCUGUUGAUUUCAGAGCUGGAGAUGCCAUCGAUGUUAAGGCUAUCAAACUGACCAGCUCAAGCAACAUUAUGCCAUUCGAGUACUAUUCUGUUCCAUUCUGUAAACCAACAGAUGGAGAUAUUCAAUACAAAUCCGAAAACCUCGGAGAAGUUAUGCGAGGUGAUCGAAUCGUCAACACACCAUAUAGAUUCCAAAUGAAGAAAAACGAACAAUGUCUAACUUUGUGCUCAAACAAAUUAUCAAAAGAAGAUGUUCUACUAUUCAAAGAGCGUAUUCGUCAGGAAUAUUCUGCACAUAUGAUUGUCGACAACCUUCCAGUUGCUACAGUAAUCAGCCCCGGCAAAUCUGGAGACAUUUAUUACGAUCUUGGAUACCGUCUGGGAUGGAUUGAUGAGAACGCUAAAGUUUUCCUUAACAAUCAUCUCCAGUUUGUUGUCAAGUAUCAUCAGCAUACACCUGGUCUGUAUAGAGUCGUUGGAUUCGAAGUCAGGCCAAGAUCUAUAACAGCCACCAAAAACAGUGAUUCUACGUGCUCUCUUCCAGAAGACGGAGGAAGACACGUCGAACUCGGAGAUGCAGAACAAACAAUUGAAUUCUCGUACUCCGUUACUUUCGAAGAAAGUGACGUUCCAUGGGCAUCUCGUUGGGACGUUUAUUUGACUACGAAGGCAGUUGAUAUUCAUUGGUUCAGUAUCUUGAACUCAAUCGUUGUCGUUUUGUCACUUUCUGGUUUCUUGAGUGUGACCAUUGUCCGAACUGUUCGUAGAGAUAUUGCUCAAUACAACAGGGAUGAUGAAGAAGAUGACACAUUGGAAGAGACUGGAUGGAAACUUGUUCAUGGAGACGUUUUCCGUCCACCACCACAUCAAAUGAUUCUUGUCAAUAUGGUUGGUACUGGAAUUCAGCUGCUUGGAAUGUCUGCAAUCGUCGUUGUUUGUGCCAUGCUUGGUAUGCUCUCCCCGGCAUCCCGUGGAUCUCUCAUGUCCGCUGCUGUUUUCUUAUUCUGCUUCAUGGGUCUCAUUUCUGGAUACCACGCCGGACGUCUCUAUAAAACGAUGAAAGGCAGAAACCCAAUCCGAUGCGCUGUUCAAACUGCUACUCUCUUCCCUUCUUUGAUUCUCGGAGCUGGUUUCCUUCUGAACUUCUUCCUGAUUGGAAAACACUCAUCUGGAGCUGUUCCUUUCGGUACAAUGAUCGCACUUCUUGUCAUGUGGUUCUGCAUUGAUAUGCCAUUGAUCUUCCUUGGUUUCUACUUCGGAUACCGCAAGCAACCAUAUACUCAUCCCGUUCGUACCAAUCAAAUCCCACGUCAAGUUCCUGAGCAACCAUGGUAUCUUCGGCUCAUCCCCAGCUCACUCAUCGCUGGAGUUCUUCCAUUUGGAGCCAUGUUCAUUGAACUAUUCUUCAUUUUUAACGCGAUCUGGGAAAAUCAAUUCUAUUAUUUAUUCGGAUUCCUUUUCAUCGUUUCCAUUAUUCUGGCCAUAUCAACUGCCCAAAUCUCUGUAGUUGCUACUUACUUCUCUCUUUGCGCUGAAAAUUAUCGCUGGUGGUGGAGAUCGUUCGUCAUUUCUGGAGGGUCUUCUUUCUACGUUAUGGCUUACGCUGUUUUCUACUACAACACAAAACUGACAAUUGAAGGAUUUGUGCCUACAGUGCUUUAUUUUGGAUACUCGUCCUUGAUUGCCCUGACAUUCUUCUUCAUGACUGGAACGAUCGGAUUUUACGCUUCACAUUUCUUCCUCACGAAGAUUUAUGCUGCCGUCAAAAUCGAUUAA